CCAAACCGCAUUCGUUCUAAGCCGCAUGUCAGCCCCACCAAAACCAGUUUCUUUAUCGUGUUACCAAACGCGCCUCGUUUCCCAAAAGUUCCCCUCAAUCCCCCUUUUCGCUGUUUGUUGACUCAAAUUCCACAUCACUCGCAGAGAACCAGAAGCAAAACAUAACCCAACCCUUGCAGAUACUGUUGGUCACAAACUGCACAAUGUCUGAUCAACCCUCUUCUCCUGCGGCUGCUGCUCCUGCUGCGGCUCGGUCCGACCUAGCGCCGGCCGUUGAGUCAGCUCCGGCGCCGCAGCCUGAGUUAGUUCCCGCUGCUGAUCCACAGGAUGGUGAUGAGAGUGAGACCGACUCGGCUGUUGGUGAUGAUGCAGCGAGCUCCACUGCUUCUAUCACCUCUAGCAUUCUUGAGUACCGUACUAUUCAGGGCCGAACGUUCCACAGUGAUAGACAUCCUACUGAGUACUUUACUCCCAACGAUGAACAGCAGUCUGCGUCCAUUGACAUCAACCAUCAGGCUUUGACUCUGCUUCUCGGUGGAAAGCUUUUCCUUGCUCCUAUCAAGGACAAUGUUCAGAAAGUACUCGAUGUAGGAACCGGAACAGGUAUCUGGGCAAUUGACUUUGCAGACGAGUACCCCGAAGCUGAAGUCAUCGGCUCCGAUCUGUCACCCAUCCAACCCAGCUGGGUCCCUCCGAACGUCAAGUUCGAAAUCGACGACGCCACCCUCCGCUGGACAUGGGACAACAACACCUUCGACUUUAUCCACAUCCGCUAUCUCUUCGGCGCCAUCAAAGACUGGUCGUCUCUCUUCAAGGAAGCAUACCGCUGCUGUGCCCCCGACGGCUGGAUCCAAUCCGGCGAAGCAGACGUUCACAUCCGAAGUGACGAUGGAACAACUGAUGAUCUUGAUUGCUUGAAGCUCUGGGCGAAGCUCUUCACUGAGGGCGGCGCUGCGCUUGGAAACCCCUUCUUCGUGCAGGAGGGUGAUUUGCAGGAGAAGGGGAUCCAGGCUGCUGGAUUCACUGACAUCAAAAGCAUUGAGUACAAGUUCCCUAUUGGUGGUUGGCCCCGUGACCCUAAUCUCGCUGCGGUUGGUAACUACGUCCGCGCGACUCUCGAGAACGAUCUCGAAGGCUACACCCUUCUCCUCUGGAAGACGAUCCUUCAGUGGCCCGAGGACGAGUAUCAAGUCUUCCUCAUGGAGAUGCGCAAGUUUCUUAAAAACCGCAAGCUUCACCCUUACAUGACUGUCCGCUACGUCUACGGUCGCAAGGCAGAGGCUACUUAAGGAUUCUUCGCGUACGAUCAAGCUUCAUGAAUCGUCAUAGAAAAUAUCGUUGGUGGGAGGUCAUUUGUAUUUGAGCAUGAGAUUAUUAUUGGAUAACGCCUACAGCAUACGUAUAAAUAGUUGUUUCCUAUAUUUUGAAUUUGCAUUGUAUUUGCCUCGCUCGUCUGCGUUUCUUUCCUUCUCCUUUUCUUGACUCGCGUCAAGUAUCACAUUGCGAAUUGUGCUAUUAACUACAGUACCUUAUGAAGAGAAACGGCCCAGCGUGAGG